GGUGCUGAUGUUGGCUGCGAAACACUAUGUCGUCUUCUUUGGUGAAGAGGAGGAACCCUGAGUUGACAGAGGAUGUGUAUACCACAAAACACAAGAAUAGACCCAGUGUCUUCAAUUGACAAUGUCCCUGACUUGAUAUUACAAGGACAUGAGGGGCCCAUAUUGACCUCGAGAUUCAAUGGCGAUGGAACAUUGAUUGCAAGUGGAGGAAUGGACAGAAAUUUGUUUAUUUGGAAGUUUCCUCACAAUUCAACAGAUCUUUCGGUUGUUAAUCUUUGCAAAUUAUCUGGUCAUAAAAAUGCCAUAACCUCAUUAAAGUGGUUCAGAAAUGAUAACGAGAGGAUUAUAACAUCUUCUGCUGAUAAUACGUUAGCCCUUUGGGAUCUUAAAUCUUGCAAAAAAAUCAAAAAAUUUACUUAUAAAUUUGACUCGACAAACAAAAUAAACCCUCAAACUAAUUUUAAUCACCAUCAUUUAACAGUAAACGAUUUCGAUAUAAUCAACAAUGAUUACUUGAAUUAUAACAACAAUUUCAUAUCAUGUAACGAUAAUGGUGAUUUGAUACUAUGGGAUCAACGAUUUAAACAAAACUUGAUUAAAAAGAUUAACAUCAAUAAUUAUUCUUUAUUUUCUUUAGUAUCCUCAAUCAAAAACAAUUUAAUUUUCACUUCUGGUUUGAAUCCAAUAAUAUAUUCCUUUGAUUUAAGAUAUUUUGAUGAAAAAAAUCCUUAUUUCAAAAUCAGAUCUCCUCACCUCGAUUCAAUAACUUCUCUAUCUUUAUCUAAUGAUAACAAUUCCUUAAUCUCACGAUCAAAUGAUGAUACAAUAAGAAUUUAUGAUUCCUCAUUUAAUACCAAUACUAAUGCCAAUAACAAUGCCAAUAACAAUGACAAAUACGAUAAUAAAAGAAUUAAACCUGUUGUUUAUGACGGAACUUACAAUAAUAAUGAAAAUUAUUUAAUCAGAUCAAAAAUUGUUGAUAACAUUAAUAAUAGCAAUAGAUUACCUGUUAUAAUAUCCGGUAACUCAAAUAAAAAUGUAACAGUUUGGGACUUGAAUUCAAGAAAGAUUAUCAAUCAGUUGGAUGGCCAUAAUGGCACCGUAAUCGAUGUGGAUUUUCAUCCUUUUGAGAAUACGAUUCUAUCUUCUUCUACUGAUGGUAAUUUGGUAUUAAAAGAAUUAAAAAACAAUUUACUAAUUGAAUAAUAUUUUAUCUUUGUUUAAAUUCAUUACAUAUUAUACAUUUUCCUAUAUUCAACAAAAUUAAGGUAUAUAUAUUAUUUAGAUAUU